AGCUAUCAAAGAGUCAUGUAUUUUCAGCUCUUUCAUCACUCAAGAUCCUUUCAUUUAUUCAUCUGUUAUACACCGAAACUUCCGUGUAAACCCACAUUCCAGACUCCUUUUAUCACCAUAAACCUCGUCUAAUCCACCUUCUACUACACCAAUGAAGGAAAGCUUGCUACCAUUACUCAUCCUCAUCUCAUGCUUUCUACCUCUUCCCAAUUCGGCCCAUCUUAGCGGUAAUUUUACGCGGAAAAAUGGUGCUUCGGAAUCAUCGGCGGUCGUUGUCAUUCCAGGACGACAAUCAUUUCAUGGUUUAAACGGGACGGUUGGAUUGAAUGGCAUGCAUGAAGAGUUCUCGAUCAAGCAGAUGCAAACCGGCAUUGAGAAGGCAAACCCGGCAGGAAGUGGGGCCGACACUCUCCACCGCCCACCCGAGAUUUUACGUCGCCCACAUGGCAGAGGCCGUAGCGGUGCAUCCACUAUACAAGCAUAUAAAUUUAUCCCCAUCUCCAAUACAUUAGUGCAAGUCAGCAUUGCAUUUCUACUUGGUUUGAUUUUCUUCUUUUGAUUAAUAUCAUUAGUUAUAUUAUAUAUGUAAUCGAGGAGUGUGGAAAAAUUGUUUUACUAAAAAUGGUUUGAAAUCAUUUUAUCA